AUGACUACCAAAGAUUAUCCAUCAUUGUGGGGUUUUGGAACAACAAAAACAUUUAAAAUUCCCGUUGAACAUUUGGAUUUCAAGUAUAUUGAAAAAUGUUCAGAUGUUAAACACUUGGAAAAAAUUCUUUGUGUGCUCAGGUCUGGUGAGGAAGGAUAUUAUCCUGAACUUACGGAAUUUUGUGAAAAGCGCCUUAAAGGCUUGGCUCCUGAAAGUAGAGCUUUGAGGAAAGAUAAGCCUGCAGCAACAGCAUCCAGCUUUACAGCAGAAGAAUGGGAAAAAAUUGACGGUGAUAUAAAGAGUUGGGUAUCAGAAAUUAAAAAUGAAGAAAAUAAAAUAUACUUUCAUGAAACUGAAACAUUUCCAGUGGUGGAAGAUAAUUUGCCUCCAGUUCGUGGUUCAAACAGCCGUCUUCAUGUUAGUAAGGAAAAAUAUUCUAAUAGUAGACCAACUAAAAGGAAAAUCCCAAGGGAUUAUGCAGAAUGGGAUAAAUUUGACGUGGAAAAAGAAUGUUCAAAAAUUGACGAAGAUUACAAAGAAAAAGCCGUAGUAAACAACAAGUCACAUUUGUCUAAAAUUGAGACAAGAAUAGACACAGCAGGUCUAACUGAGAAAGAAAAGACUUCCCUUGCUACUCGUGAAAAGGAAAAAGGAAAUGAAGCUUUCAACUCAGGAGAUUAUGAGGAGGCUGUGAUGUAUUAUACUAGGAGUAUAUCAGUGCUUCCCAAUGUAGUGGCCUAUAACAAUCGCGCUCAAGCAGAACUCAAGCUACAGAACUGGAACAGUGCUUUUCAGGAUUGUGAAAAGGUGUUGGAGUUAGAACCUGGAAACUUAAAGGCUCUUCUGCGCCGUGCCACUACAUAUAAACAUCAAAACAAGCUCCAGGAAGCUAUAGAAGAUUUGAAUAAAGUACUGAAUGUUGAACCUGAUAAUGAGUUGGCCAAAAAGACCUUGUUGGAGGUUGAAAGAGAUCUGAAAAAUUCUAAACCUGCACCUAAGACUGAAACCAAAGGGAAGAGAAUGGUAAUCCAGGAAGUAGAAAACUCAGAGGAUGAAGGUGGAAAGGACAGCAGAAGAAAACAUGAAGACAACAGCGGAGAUAAGAAGGGCGCGGAGCCGGCGGGAGCCAGGAGCGCCGCGGAGCCGUGCGCCAUGGGCAACAUCCAGAAGAAGCUGACCGGCAAGAGCGAGGGUGGCAAGCGGUCGGAGAGGGGCGCGCCGCGGCGGGGUCGGUCGCCAGGGGCCGGCGCGGACAAGCGAGGCCGACCGCGUGCUUCGGCGGCGGCGGCGGAGGGCGGCGCCAGCCGGCACCCUGGUGGCGGGCGGGGCGCGGGAGACCCCACCGCCGCGCCCCCGUCCCCCGCCGCCCCUCUCGGCCCCGCUGGCCUGAAGAGCCAGGGCAACGAGCUGUUCAGAAGCGGGCAGUUCCCCGAGGCGAUCCUCAAGUACUCGGCGGCGAUCGCGCAGCUGGAGCCUGCAGGAAGUGGAAGCGCAGAUGAUCUAAGUAUUUUAUAUUCAAAUAGAGCAGCGUGUUACCUAAAAGAAGGAAACUGCAGCGGCUGCAUUCAAGAUUGUACCAGGGCUCUGGAACUUCAUCCAUUCUCCAUCAAACCUCUUCUUCGACGAGCAAUGGCCUAUGAAACUUUAGAGCAGUAUCAGAAAGCUUAUGUGGAUUAUAAAACGGUGUUGCAAAUGGACUGCACAAUCCAGCUAGCGAAUGACAGUAUUAACAGGAUAACAAGAAUUUUAAUGAAUCUGGAUGGACCAAGCUGGCGGGAGAAGCUGUCACCCAUUCCUGCUGUGCCCACUUCCACGCAUUUAGCUUGGCAGCCUGCCACAGAGACACCCCCAGACCAAGUGGGAGACUCCUGUAGCCAUUCCCAGCCUGGCAUCACAGAUGAAAAAAUGUUUAAAACCCUUAAAGAAGAAGGAAAUCAAUGUGUAAAGGACAAAAACUAUAAAGAUGCCCUUAGUAAAUACAUUGAAUGCUUAAAGAUUAACAACAAGGAAUGUGCCAUUUAUACAAACAGAGCUCUGUGUUACUUGAAGCUGUGCCAAUUUGAAGAGGCAAAGCAGGAUUGUGAUCGGGCACUUGAGAUAGAUAACAGAAAUGUAAAAGCGUGCUACAGACGAGCUCUGGCUCAUAAAGGACUCAAGGAGUAUCAGAAAAGUUUAAACGAUCUCAAUAAAGUUCUUCUGCUGGAUUCAAGUAUUAUUGAGGCAAAGAUGGAACUGGAAGAGGUAACCAGACUCCUUAAGGAUAAUGCAUCAUUCAACAAAGAAAAAGAGAGAAGGAAAAUUGAAAUUCAAGAGGUGAACGAAGGCCAUGAAGAAGAGCCUGAAAGGACCUCUGAGGAGGUGUCCAAUGACUGCUUUGCCACCAGGAAGGAGGACACAACCAAUGGGCCACCAGCAUACUGUGAAACACUCCCGAUCGCCAGGCCUACCAAUGCCUAUGAAUUUGGUCAGGUUAUAAAUGCCAUCAGCACGAGGAACGAUAAAGAGGCCUGUGCACACCUUUUAGCCGUCACUGAACCGAAAGAUUUGCCAGUGUUGUUGAGUAACAAACUUGAAGGGGAUACAUUCCUCCUCCUCAUUCAGUCUCUGAAAAAUAAUCUUAUUGGGAAAGAUCCUUCUUUGGUGUAUCAGCAUCUUUUCUAUCUAAGUAAAGCAGAAAGGUUCAAGAUGAUGUUGACACUAAUCAGCAAGGGCCAAAAGGAGCAAAUUGAACAGCUCUUUGAUGACCUCUCAGACACACCAAACAAACAUUAUACUUUAGAAGAUGUACAGGCCCUAAGAAGGAAGUAUGAGCUUUAA